GAGCAGCAUCUCAAAGGGAGAUGGGUGAGAGUGGGAAAUUGUCUCUGGCUGGGACCUAUGGGCAUCUUUUGCUUCUGAGGGUCUGUUGCAGCAUCUCUCCAAUUCACUAUGUCAUUGUACUGGGCAACAAUAGUUUCUUUGAGGGACUGAGUGUGUCUGUGUUUGUGUGAGGCGCGAUGAGGGGAUUGAAUUCUCUAGUAAAUUACAAACUAGAUGUUGAAGAAACGCUGAAGCAUUAGGGAAACAUAACUAACAGACAUUUAAGUUUUUUAAUAUGUUUUUACAUCUGGUUCUGUUUAAGGUACAUUUGUGCAGUAAAUUACACCUGCCAGCUCCUUUGGGUAUAAUGGAGUCACAUUUCACCAAGCUGACUGAACACUCUGUGCAGCACAGCCUUGAGUAAAGGUCGUGCCUGAAUAGAGAUGGCUCACAUUCAGGGCUAAAGAAAAGUCUUGGAUGAGUGAGGAAAAAUCAAAGUGCGUAGCUGUAAAUCAAGGGACCAUAUCUGAAAUGCCUGCUCAUUUAUUGAUUUGUUGACUGUUCGUUUAAUUUCUGGCUUUGCGUUUCCUUUGUGUCCUUAAGACUUUGGAUAUAGAACUCUGAUUUCUGCAGUGGGAAGAGAGGUUAAGUGGGGUUAAAUUGUGGGGCUGCUUCCAAGAUUUGGAAAAUCUGGAUCAGCGGAGGGAAUGAGAUGCACAUUGCCAGGCACCCCAAGCGAAGCCUGAAUACUGAAGAAAACACUUUCUGUUGUAUCUGAUAGGUAGGAUCAGAUGACUACAGUGCGGGAUGACUACGACUUUGCUGCUCCUGCUGCCCUUUUUCCUCCCAAGUCUUGGGCCAUCCUCAGACCCUCAAGACAGAGUGCCCCAGUCUGACUUGCCACCAUUGAUGAAAAAAGCUCUGGAUGAAGUUUUGUCCAGGAAAUACAUUCAUGCUCUUGCUGAUGCGUACAUAUUUGCAAGUACACAGCAGCCCUGGAGCCCACUGGAGGCCCUGAGGUACCUGCUGCACAGAAACGCCUCUCUCAGCAUGGAGAGAAUCACAAGCAUCCUGGGGGAUUAUCAAAGUUCCCUGAUUGAAGAUCCCCAGUUUCUAGUCUCUGAGAUCAGCUCUCUGGACAUUCUGCAGUUUACCACUGUGCUGCACCUCCUUUUCGCUGGGAGAAAAGAACAGACCGUGCUGAUAAACAUAGACUUUGAUGUGAUGAAGGCAUCGCUGGAGGACAGCCCUGGUGGCAAUCGCUCCCUGUUCGCUGUGGCCAGAGAGAAAUGUGUGUCUGCGCUAAGGGAGGGGUUCUGUGUUGACUUGAUGGGCACCUUGCUUGGCUUAUCAAAUGGAGAGUUUGUUGAAGAGGAUUUUAUCUCGGACUUGCCAAUAGAUCUCUCUGAUGACGCUUUCCGAAACCUUACAGCAGUGUUUAAGGACUUGUAUGACAUGUUCUCUGUGACCACACAGAAGGCCAUCUAUAAGUGGAUCACUCAGGGACUGCAGAAGACCUCUAAAUCCAGCUAUAGCCCUGAUGUCUGGAUGACUGCUGAGAACCUGUGGUUCCUGGGCAGGUACAUGGUUCACUUGGCUGUGCAGAGCAUUCACAGGGUCAGCCUCAGUGAGAUGAGGAUUUUCAUUCAUUACGACAAUGCCACCAAGCAACUGGACUCCGUGUAUGACAUCAAAUCAGGCCCUGGCAAAGCAUUCCUUCACAGAAUCAACGCCUCAGGGUUUGACAUGACCAACGUGUCCACUGCUUACAGAUUGGGAUUGCUGGUGUGUUUCUAUGACAAUGUGCAGCUGUUAGAUGCCAGUGAUGCCCGCAGUCUGCUGCAUCAGUUGAUUAAAUGCAACCAGCUGCGGGGGAGCCAGACAGAGGUGCAGAAGCUUAAAUCUCAGCUCUUGUCACUGGUGAUACAAAACCAGACCCUGAACGAGUCUUUGGGCUCAGUGUCCAACGCUGUGGUUGGUCUGACUCCCAGCCAGUUGGAGUCUCUGUCAGCCCAGGCAGUGCAGAAGUCCAUGGGCGUUCUCCAGCAAGUCCCUGGUUGGACGCGUAGCCAGGCCAUUAUACUGGCACACAAGUACAUGGGCACCAACAAGACUUUGUCUCUCAGUAACAUCAGUGAGCUGGGUUCUCUGGUCUCUGGGUUGGAUGCCAGCCUCUUCUACAGUGUGAACACAGCAGAACUGGCUCAGGCUGUAGAAAGCGUGCUCCUUCGGCACAUCACACGCCUCAAUCCUGCCCAGCAGCAUGCCAUCGUCAGCCAGAUGCUGACUGCAGAGGACAUGGAAGGGGUGCUGAGCAGGAUCCAUGGGGCUCUCUUCAGUGAAGUGCCUCUUUCCACCCUGUUGAAAUUAACUGGUUUACAGAGCGCCACCCUGGUGGACAAACAUCUGACCAGCAGCCAGGCCAUCUUUUUAUAUAAUUACCUCUCCAAGAGCACUCCAGAAGCUGACUUGAUGAGCAAUGGGCAGCUCUUGAAGGGCAUCACAUGUGACAGAAUACAUAGGAUGGACAAAGAGUUCCUAAUUGAAUACCUCCCUAUCUUUAAACGGAACUUCCAUCUCCUCUCUCCCUUCCAGAUGAACUGCUUGGCUUGGAGGUACUGGGAUGCUCUGGACACACCAAACUCUAACAUUCCUUCAAUCCUGCUGCUGACACUACCGGUGGAGUAUGUGGACAACAUGCCAAACUCAUCCUGCAAACAUUUUUUAUAUUCCCUGAGUAACACGGACCUCGACUGCCUUACUGUACAUGCAGAGAAAGGCAAAGCUGUUAUGAGGAAGGUGCUGCAAUGUCUGAGUGAGGGAAUUCUAGAUGAGUAUCAUGUGGACCUCCUUGGGGCACUGCUGUGUCACUUCCCCCCUGAAGCCAUCCGUGCCUACCUUUCACCAGCUGCCGUGCCCGCUGCUCUCCAGCAGCUGCGUGGCUGUGCCCGGCUUACCCCAGAGCAGAGGGCCUCAGUCAGGGACAAGCUCCUGCAGUUCUAUGGGUAUUGGCCGAGACACAAGCUGCCUGAGGCAGAGAUUCCUGUGGAGUGGAGUGCAGAGCUGACCCAGGACAUGGGACCCCUAGUCACACUGCUUUCCAGAGAUGAAAUACUGGUGUUGGCCAGUAAGUAUCCAGAAGAGGUUUUACCCCUAGUGGUGCAGGCUGGGAGGACUCCUCUGCCAGAUGACUUCCUGGGUGCCAUUUUUGAGGUGGUGUGUGGGGCUGAACACCGAAACUGGUCCAAUGCAGACUCAGAGACUGACUGCCAUUUGAUCAGAGCGCCCACUGCUGACAAAAUCAGAAAAUUGUCAGAAGCCAAUGUCUUCUGGUCUGCUGAGGAGUUGCAGUGCAUUAGCAACGACACCUUCACUCAGACGGUGGAGCUUCUGGGCUCGGUACAGGGGUACAACCUAACACAGCUCAUGGCCCUUAAGACUCGGGCUAAACAGGCCUGGGGUCCGCUGUCUACCUGGAGGAGCUACAAUGUGAUCGAUCUGGGAUCCAUUGCUCUGGCCUUGACUGAGGUAGACAUUAAAGAGCUGAACCUCAGCUCAGUUGACACUAUGAGUGCUCUCAGUCAGCAGAGCAUCUGGACACUACAGCAGAUGACUAGCCUGUUGUACCGCUUCUUGGAGGCAUCUGGACUCAGUCUAGGGAAGCUGCGGGGGUCAGACUUGGCUGGGCUGGGGGUGUUGUUGUGUGGAGUGGAACCCAGCCAGGUCCACCUAAUCAGUCCCGAGGCCUACAGCUCUGCAGCACACCGCAUUGGCACCCUACCCUGCACCCUGCCAGUCCUGAAGGAGCUGAAGAAGAUAGCAGAGCGGGUUUUUGGGGUAGCUGGUAGCUGGAAUAGCUCUGUGCUACAAGAGGUGGGCGUGCUGGCUGCUGGCAUGAGUGUAGAGGAGAUAAAAAAACUACAUCCAGAUGUGAUGCCUUACCUGAAGGCCCAGGCCAUAGCUGCAAUCCCCUGUAAGACCUUUAAAGAGUUCUCUCAGGAACAACUGCAGAGCUUGGGCCCAGAGAACGCAAAGGCAGUGACAUCAUCACAGUGUGCUCAGCUGACUAAUGAACAGUUGUGGGGUCUCCAAGCAGCCAGAGAUGGCCUAAGAGAAGGUCUCUCCAGCCAUAUCCAUUCUGCUGCCAGCUUAAACCUGGACACCAUCUCAGUCAGCUCCGGUGUUUGUCUUCCUCUCUGUGGUGGGCUGUGGGUUAUGGCCAUAUGUUCAUCCAUCCAAAUAAAAUGGUAAUUAUGGCAUGCCAAGGACCUCCAUAAAAUAAAUUCAACAUUGAAAAUAAAAAGUAGCAUUUUCACUGAUGCUGCCUGUAAAUGCUGUAAGUUUAACAGCAAAGGGAUUGCACAGUACUAGGUGCAUUCUAGACUGAGGUGAAAGGUUUUAAAAACUGAUGGGCUGAAUGGCCAGUUCUCUACAUCAGUCUUAAGCCAGUAUAGAGCCCUAUGGUAGCAUGUUACUGAUGUUCUUUGUAAUCACUGAGUAUCACUGAUUGGUCAUUCUUAGAACCCACCAAAUCUAAACAGCCUAAACUAUUAACAUGUCUACAACAGCAAAUUAAAAGACAGAAAAGGCAGUUUAGCAUGCUGCAUGCAUUAUCUGCCUGUUCACCACCCUUCCCUUAUGCAGCAAAGAAGGACUUGGUGUCCGAAACGCAUCUCCUUCUUUUGGUUCAGUUAUCAAAGACUGUUGCAGAUCUAAACCUUUUUUUUCAAUACUUUUGCACAUUUCAUUGGAUCUUUGAUGCCUUUUUCCAAACCUAUAAAUAUGACAAUAUGUUAUUCUCAGUUUAUUAUACCUACAGUCAGAUUACUAUAUUGGAAGAAAAAUGUAGAGAAUGUACAAAAAAUGUAGAGAAUGUAAAUUAUGUAACGACAUACUCUGACCAAAUAUAUUUGCAAGUGGUCAAUUGAAUGGGGUAGUUGUUCUGUGAUGUACAAGUUUAUGAGUAGAGUACGUUUAAAGACACUCAAUUGUGAAAAAUGGACAAGUACCUAAACGAAGCGUCAACAAUAAAAAAUGCAAGCCUACUUGAGCACUCCAGUCAUUAAAGGGCAAUAGAAAUGCCCGGUGUUUAUAAGACAAAGGCCAGCCUUCUGUUAAUAAAAAUAAAGAGCUCACGAAUGUUCAGA